UCGACGAGGCGGGCGGCAGAGGUGGUCGCUCGGUCGCGCACAGCCGGAGUGGGCACAGCGAGGGGGGUGCGCCGCAGCCGUCGGACCCGAUCCCAGCUCCUCCUCCUCCUCCUCCCGGGGGCGCUCUUUCCUCUCGGGGGGAGCCUUGGCCAAAGGCGCGCCCGGGGCUCCUGCCCAGCGCCCGCCCUUCCGUCCUGGGAUUAUUGUUACUUCGGAGCCGUCUUCGGGUGUGACUCGCCUCGCUCCGCAGCAGCCAUGGGGAGCCACAGCUCGAAAGCCGCCAAGGGGGACGUGAUGGCCCAGGAUGCCGCCGCCGCCGCGGACGCCUCGCCCUCCAAGGCCAACGGCCAGGAGAACGGCCACGUGAAGAUCAACGGGGACGUGUCUCCCAAAGCUGACGGAGAAGCCACCCCGCUCAACGGAAACGGAUCCGCGGAGCCGGUCAAGGAGGAAGCCAAGUUAGAAGCGGGCAGCGGUGAUGCCAUCGAGCCGGCCCCCGUCACCGAAGGCGCCGAAGCCAAGCCAGCAGACGGGGCCACGGAUUCGGCCGCAGCUCCCAAAGAGACCCCCAAGAAGAAGAAGAAGUUCUCUUUUAAGAAGUCUUUCAAGCUGAGCGGCAUCUCCUUCCGGAAGACCAAGAAGGAAGCGGGAGAUGCUUCGGCCGUGUCCUCCCCCAGCGAGGAGCAAGGCAAGGCGGAGGCCAAGGGGGAGGAGAACCUGGCGUGUGCUGCAGGGGAGUCGGAGCAGGAGGCCGCCACCAAAGAGGAGAGCCCCGAAGAGAAGCCGGCCGCCCCAGUUGAGCCGGCUGCUACGGCGGCCGCCCCUGAGGGCCAGCAGGAAGCGGAGAGCAAGAGAGAAGUGGCAAGUGAAGGACCAGAGGAGGAGGAAGAGAAGCAGCAGCAGCCGCCACCCAGCGAGAGCCAGGAGGACACGAAGCCAGGAGAGACCUCAAAACCAGCAGAGGCGGAGCCCAGUCCUGCACCUGCUGAGCAGAAGGAAGAGUAGAGGCAGCUUAACGAUGUCCACCUAACUUAAAAAGAAAAAGAAAAAAAGAGACUUAUUUGUGCCAUCCUUCUCAUCCCCAGUAACCCCUUUGGAACUGCUGCCUUGUUCACACAACACACACCACACACAAUGCCACAAACACAAGUCUCUCGGCGUAGAACUGACAAGCUUUCACUCCAGUGUCCCCCUCCCCCUUUUCUCACUCUUCAUCCAACACAGUUAAGCAAAAAACCAACUUGUAUCCUUGGUGCCCAGCACAGCCACCGCUACCACUCAGGAGUAGGCGUUCUUAAGAUCCUUCUGAAACUCUUACGGAGGAAAUACUGUUCCUGGAUGCAACUGGAAAUUUGCUCAGUUUAAUGAGACUCCAGAUAUUAACACCGGGUUCUGGUCUCUCUCUGAUCUUCUGUUUCUACUAAUCCUCAAAGCAGCUUUUUCAAAAAGAAAAGGAGUCCAAUAAACCAGCAACUGACCGUUCUUCAAAACGGAUAUUCUCUUUUAUCUCUUCUUGGUUUACAUUCCUGGUUCUGACUUCAUUUAAAAGUAUUUUGUGCUUUUUAUAGAAACCAACAGUUUAAAAGCUAAUCUGGUUAGUUUUUUAUAAUGUCUUGCUCUUGGCUUUAAACUAUAAAGCUUGUAAGUCCACUGUGUUUAAUUUGACUUCAGAGGGAGAACUUCUUUGGGGUUUAUUUAGGGGGGGCACUUGGGUGGGGGGGCAGGGGGUGAGGGAGAGUGCUGGCUGUAUGCUGUGACUUCAGUUUUUUGUUUCAUUGUCUUUGUAAAUAAUUUUUUAAUGACCCAACUUCUGAUCUGCAAUUUUCUAACUCCUAAAUGAAAAAAAAAAGUUGUAUGGGUCUUAUUGUAACAUUUGAAAGGAAUAAAUGGUGACCCCUUUAUGGAUUA